AUGGAGGAAUGCGGCUAUUGUAAGGAAAAGGAAAAGAAGCAGAAAGGUUAUCUGGAAGAGAUUGAGAAAGAGAAAAUAAGAGAAUGUCAGAAGGCCUUAGAGAGGGAGAAGAUAGCUAAAGGCAUGCGCUGUACGAAAGUGGACGUGAAAUGUCUUAAACAACAACAGCUGAUGCAGGUGGAAGAGAAGAGGUCCAUAGAGAGACAAGAACAAAACGUGGACAUGAUGUGGCAUCAAGUUCUAAUGGAUGAUUAUAAAAGAAAGGAAUAUCUAGAGAGAUUAGCAGCUCAAAAAAGACAGCAAGAGACAAUGGAAAGGCGAAGGUGUUACGACGAACAAAUAGCAAGCGCCAACAAGAAGAGACAAGAGCUGAUACGACAGGAGAGGGAGAAAGAGAACAGAAAGUUUGAAAAAAUUAAAAAGAAAAUGGAACAAGAUCAUUAUGAAGCAAUCAAGAAGAAAAAAGAACAACAAGAGACGAAUAAAAAGAACUUCAUAGAAGGACACGAGCAGAAACUGAAUCGCAUCCGAAACGAGAAGAUGAGAGCGAGGGAAAUAGACAACGAUACCAUACGAGUGGCGCUAGAAGAGUUAAGGAAAGAACGAGAGAGAAAUAGGAUACAAAUAAAAAAUCUGCAAAUAGAAAAGCAGAUCUCCAUCAAGAACUACAACUGUGCUAGAAGAAUGGUGUCGGCUAUGGAACACGAAGCGGAGAUGAUUGCUGACGAAUGGCAACGAGAGGCGCAGGACAAGACAGACGAAUAUAUGAGGCAGGUUGAGCAGGAACAGCGGGCGUGUAAAGAGAAAGCAGCAGAAGAAUACAGGCGUCACAUUCAAGCUCGGAAUCAGGCGUUAGAGGAAGCAAAGUACGAGAGGAGCCAGCGAAUGGAGCGGGUGACGAGGACGGCACUUAGUGAGCUGCAGCAGAAGAUAGACAGUGCCAACCAGGAGCUUCGGAGACAGGCGGAAUAUAGAAACAGUCUCAGCUGCCAGAUCAGGGAGAAUGAGAGGCAUUUGGAAUCCGAAUUAGUAAACAUAGAAAACAAGGAUAUGCCCCAUACCAGAAAAGCUACAAUGUUCAAGGAUGUCAUGGCGACGAGAUAUGCAAGCUCUCCGGCAAGGACUAGUACAAACCCUGUUCAUCCCUUUCGAAGAUUAUUGGAAACAGCAGAUAAGAAGGAAUCUCUUCAUUUACCAUCAAUAGGAUAA